UUGAAAAUGCGACGGUAUAUUACGGUAUAUCUUAUCGAUAAAUAAAAUGCCAGCGAGGCUUCCUGGCUUCCGGCAUGCCGAACACUCGUUCACUUUGUUCAAGUCUGUCGCCGGAAUCGCAUAGACUGUGAUAUCUCAUUCAAUUUAUUCGAGACUCUCCUAUAAUCCAACAUGGGCAAGGAAAAGAUUCACAUCAACAUUGUCGUCAUUGGACACGUCGAUUCUGGCAAGUCCACGACCACCGGUCACUUGAUCUACAAGUGCGGUGGUAUCGACAAGCGUACCAUCGAGAAGUUCGAGAAGGAGGCUCAGGAGAUGGGCAAGGGCUCCUUCAAGUACGCAUGGGUUUUGGAUAAAUUGAAGGCCGAGCGUGAGCGUGGUAUCACAAUCGAUAUCGCUCUGUGGAAGUUCGAGACUGCCAAGUACUACGUCACCAUCAUCGACGCCCCCGGCCACAGAGAUUUCAUCAAGAACAUGAUCACUGGUACCUCCCAGGCUGAUUGCGCUGUCUUGAUUGUGGCUGCCGGUACUGGCGAGUUCGAGGCUGGUAUCUCUAAGAACGGCCAGACCCGCGAGCACGCCCUGCUUGCCUUCACCCUGGGUGUGAAGCAGCUGAUCGUUGGUGUGAACAAGAUGGAUUCGUCCGAGCCACCAUACAGCGAGUCGCGUUAUGAGGAAAUCAAGAAGGAAGUCUCCUCGUACAUCAAGAAGAUCGGCUACAACCCAGCCGCCGUCGCCUUCGUGCCCAUCUCCGGAUGGCACGGCGACAACAUGUUGGAACCCUCUACCAACAUGAACUGGUUCAAGGGAUGGAAGGUGGAGCGCAAGGAUGGCAACGCUGACGGCAAGACCCUCAUCGAAGCUCUGGACGCUAUCCUCCCCCCAGCUCGCCCAACCGACAAGGCCCUGCGUCUGCCCCUGCAGGAUGUCUACAAAAUUGGCGGUAUUGGAACAGUACCCGUCGGUCGUGUGGAGACCGGUGUCCUGAAGCCCGGUACCCUUGUUGUGUUCGCCCCGGCCAACAUCACCACUGAGGUUAAGUCUGUUGAGAUGCACCACGAAGCCCUCGUCGAGGCCGUUCCCGGUGACAACGUUGGCUUCAACGUUAAGAACGUCUCCGUCAAGGAGCUGCGUCGUGGCUACGUUGCUGGCGACUCCAAGGCCAACCCACCCAAGGGCGCUGCCGACUUCACCGCUCAGGUCAUCGUGCUGAACCACCCUGGCCAGAUCGCCAACGGCUACACCCCAGUGUUGGAUUGCCACACCGCUCACAUUGCUUGCAAGUUCGCUGAGAUCAAGGAGAAGGUUGACCGUCGUUCCGGCAAGACCACCGAGGAGAACCCCAAGUUCAUCAAGUCUGGUGAUGCUGCCAUUGUCAACUUGGUGCCCUCCAAGCCUCUGUGCGUGGAGUCCUUCCAGGAGUUCCCUCCUCUGGGUCGCUUCGCUGUCCGUGACAUGAGGCAGACCGUUGCUGUCGGUGUCAUCAAGUCUGUCAACUUCAAGGAUGCCUCCGGUGGCAAGGUCACCAAGGCCGCCGAGAAGGCCACCAAGGGCAAGAAGUAGCUGGUUUGCUCCCACUCAACAACACUAGCAGCAGCAGCAGUAACAAGCGGAAGCGCAAGCAGAAGCAGCAAGCAUAUAAUCAACAACCUAAUGCAGACACAACCCACACUCAACAAUACCAGCAACAAGCACAACAGCAACAGUAGUAUAGCAAGAACACCUGUCCCUGACCUGAGCAAAAUGAACGAUAAGAUGAAGUUCCAGAAGAAGCAAAAGUUUAAUUUUUUCCAUCGAAAAGAGUUUCGUAGGAUACGAAUGUCAACGAACGCUGUCGAAGCCGCCUGAAUGCGAUGGUGGAUUGGCAGGAGCGCACACGAAACACAACCACUCCUCCUUCAACCAUCCUCCCUCCAUCGAUCUUUAGUUUACUAUGUAUGGAUAUGAUGUGCCAUCAUAUCUAGAUGUCUUGAGUAGCGAGCGCGCGUAGCAUUUAUAUCGAUUAAAUUAACCUUUGUUCUUUGAUUUGUAUCAUUUAUCUUACCCUCAUUUUGCACACACACACAACUACUUUGUAUACAUGAAAAAAAAAGAACCAGAAUAGAAGCGAUAACUUUAUUUACAAAAAAUAAAAA